CUGAAUGAAGGAGAAGAUGGGAUUAUAGCUCAAAAAACGAGCGCAACAGACGCUAAUUACGGGAUUGCAGCGGACGAAGGAGAAUUAAGUAUCCAGAAGAGAAUAAGUAACAUACUGUCGAGGCCGAGUUACCCAGGGUUCGCAGACAUAGUUGAAAUGGAAGCAGUGCAGAGGUUGAGUAAAUCGCACAUAGACCCAGGAGCAGUGAUAGAGUUCGUUAAGUCGCGAGACCUGAGUAAGUUCUACGAGGCGAAGCAGAAGGUGGAGGAGCAGCACCCGACGAGCGGAAAGAGCGAGUACGCACACCUGCGGCCGGAGGAAAUCAUGAACAAGUUCGGACUGGAGGACACAGUGCAGGGACUGUCGGAGUCGCAAAUACUGUUCAACAGAGAAAUGUACGGAGAAAACGUGCUCGACCUGGGCAAGAAGGACCCGAUCUGGAAAAUAUUCCUCUCGCAGUUCAAAAGCUUCGUAAUAGUGCUGCUCUUUAUAGCAGCAGUGGCGUCGCUGGCACUGAAGAACUACAUCGAAGGAGGCUUCAUCAUAUUCAUCGUGCUCGUCAACUCGACGAUGGCGACGUACAUGGAGCGCUCAGCAGCGAACGUGCUGGAGAAGCUGGCGCAGCUCUCGAGUCCGGUGGCGAGAGUGGUGAGGAACGGGACUGAGAUGGAGGUGACGAGCAAGGAAGUGGUGCCGGGAGACGUCCUGGUGCUGAAAACAGGAGACACAGUGGUGGCGGACAUACGCCUGUUCGAAGUGAUGGAAAUGAGGAUCAACGAGUCGCUGCUGACGGGAGAGUCAGUGGACGUGAAGAAGACGACAGUGUCGGAGGACAUGGACGCGCCCUUCAGCACGAACCUGUGCUUCGCGUCGACCUCAGUGGUGAGCGGGUUCGGAAAGGGAAUCGUGGUGAACACAGGAAUGAACACGCAGGUGGGCAAGAUAGCGAAGCAGCUGAAGAAGGCGAGUGAGACGAGUAAGAUCACGCCGCUGCAGAGAGGACUGAACAGGCUGGGAGGAACGAUAGGGAUUAUCUCGACGCUGGUGCUGGUGACGAUAGUGGUGGUGGCAAUACUGACGAAGUUCGACGACCCGACGAGGCCGAACACGAACAGGACGCUCUCGAUAGUGCUCCUGGCAGUAGGGUUCGCAGCCUCCUCGAUACCGGAGGGGCUGCCGAUGGUGGUGACGAUCUCGCUGAGUCUGGGAGCGAAGGACAUGGCGAAGGAGAACGCGAACGUGCUGAAGCUGCCCUCAGUGGAGACGCUGGGCUGCUGCUCGAUCAUAUGUAGCGACAAAACGGGCACGCUGACGGAGGGGAAGAUGGUGACGACGGACAUGACACUGUUCUACUCCUCGGGAGAGGCGAGUACGAGUGGCGGUGAUGGCCCUAAAACGAGUGAAACAAACAAGGCUGUCAAUAAGACGGUUUCACACUCGAGUCUGAAGUUCUAUCCGACCUACGGAUUCAACCCCAGGGGAGGAGUCUUCUACAGCGACGAGCUGACUGACGAGUUCAGAGACAAGAUCAUAGCGCUCUACAGAAAAAAGGACUUCGACUUCGAACAGAUGAAGGAGAACAUUAUGUCGCAGCUGGCCAAGGAUGUGGAAGUUGGAGGCGGAGAGGACGGCGCAGCGAGGAGGAGCAAGUACAUGGACGCGAACAGAAGUGACAAAGUGCGCUACUUUGAAAGCAUGCUGGUCAGGAUCAUCAUGACGACGUGCUACCUUAACAGCUACAACACGAAGCUGGUGUUCGACGAGGAGUCGAACAAGUGGACGUGCGUGGGAAACAUGACGGAGAGUCCACUGGUGGUGGCGGCGACAAAGUGCGGAGUGACGCCGGUAGUCCUCGAAGACUACGAGAGGCUGGAAAGACUGGAGGUGCCCUUCAACUCGAAGAGGAAGAUGUCGAUGACAGUGCACAAGUUGAAAACGCAGAACCGCUACGAGUACCUUGACCUGGAGAGAGGAGCACUCAAAUUCACGCACGUGGCGCUGGUGAAGGGAGCGCCGGACGUGCUGAGAAAGUACUGCAAGUACCUGGCGACGCCGGACUCCACAGGAAGAGGAAUGAGAGUGAACUACGACCAGGGCCUAGUACACGAUGAGAGUGAAGGUAGUAGCAGCAACGUGGUAAUGAAGAUGAACAACGCACUGUCAAAGGCGAGUUUGAGGGUGAUCAUGAUAGGAAUCGUGCCGCUGACAGACGAGGACGUGGCGCAACUUAGCAGCUUCGAAGACUCUGAAGAAAGGCAGCACUACAUACUGACAGGAAAGAGAGGAGCGAGAGAAGCACUGGGUAGAGAUGAGGGAAGAGUGGUGCUGCUGGGAAUAACAGGAAGCUUCGACCCGCCGAGACCAGGAGUGAGGGACGCAAUAGAGACCUGCAGGUCGGCAGGAGUUAGAGUGAUCAUGAUCACGGGAGACCAGAAGACGACAGCAGUGGCAAUAGGAAAGCAGAUAGGAAUCGCGGAGGUGGGCGACUUCCGCUACCCGACGCGUGACCUCUCUGAGGAACUGGGACUGGAGUGCAGCCACCUGCACGUGAACAACAACCCGAGCAUGGAGUACCUGCCGGACGAGGAGAUCGACCUGAUCACGGCGAAGUACAACGUCUUCUGCAGAGCGCAGCCGGAGGACAAGGUGGCAAUAGUCAACUCGCUGAAGCGCAAGGGCGAGAUCACAGCGAUGACGGGCGACGGAGUCAACGACGCAGCGGCGCUGAAGACGGCGGACAUAGGAAUCAGCAUGGGCAUCAACGGAACUGACGUGGCGAAGGGAGCCUCGGAGCUCGUGCUGCUGGACGACAACUUCUGCACAAUUGUCAACGCAGUGCGGGCAGGAAGGACGAUCUACAGCAACAUACAGAAGUUCGUGUCCUUCCUGCUGGGCACGAACAUCGGAGAGAUCCUGUACCUGACGACGAGCAUCGUCAUCAGGACGCUGCCGCCAGUGGAGGCGCUGCAGAUCCUCUUCCUCAACUUCCUGACCGACGGGUGCCCGGCGGUGGCGCUGAGCAGGGAGCCUGCGGACGACGACGCGAUGAAGCGGCCGCCGAGGAGGCCGAACACGCCGAUCAUGACCAAGGAGUGGUGGCUGCUCGGCAACCUUCCGCACACGGUCUUCGAGGCGCUCGCGGUGAUCGCGGCGAUCCUCGUCGGGCUCUACCUGUGCACGGGCGUCCUCACGCUCAACGACAUCCACGGCCAGUGCAAGUACGUGCACCUCAAGGACGCAUCGGGCACGAGCCACGAGCUCGUCUACUUCUGCAAGUCCUACGAGUACGUCCUCUCGAGGAAGUACACGGGCUGGGUGACGAACCUGACCUACUUUGACCCGCAGGAGAGGAAGAUGAAGGUCUUCCUCGGCGCCGCCAGGGGGAAGGUGGACCCGCUGAGGUCGGACGACCCGGGGCUGCACCCGGCGCUCAGGGCGAAGUUCGCCGGCAUGUCGGCCUCGCGCCUGGCCGAGCUCGACGCUGAGAUGGGCAAGUGGGUGGAGCUCGACGAGAACGGCUGGCCGCGCAGCAAGGACUCGCAGCUGGUCGGCGGCGCGCGUCUCUACGGCGCCGGCGAGACUGGGUACCGCGAGAUCGUGGGCCGGAAGGCGACGCAGGCGCGCACCAUCUCCUUCAUCACUGCCGUCUGGUCCGAGAUGCUGCGCGCCUACACCGUGCGCAGCUGGGACUACUUCUACCGCGUCUUCAACCGGAACCCGUGGAUGCACUUCGCCUGCUCCCUCUCCGCGACCGUCACCUUUGCGCUCACGGUGGUGCCCGGCGUGUCCUCGGUGCUCCACGUCUGCUCGCUUCCCUACUGGCAGUACCUGCUCUCGAUCGCCUUCGCGCUCACGACGCUGGUCCUCGACGAGUGCAUUACCAAGGCGCUCUACAAGAGUCUGAAGAAGAGGGGGAAGAUCGUGUAG